UAGCAAGUGGACUAAAUCCUUCAAUUGAUUCUGACAAGAGAGGAAAAUGUUUUUUUCAGGAAGAUGUCUUUCUCUGUGUCGCAAUCUCCUUUUUUGGCUGCUCCUAGGACUUCAUAUCGUUUCAGGUGGUGUGUCUGCAGACAACAUUAUAGCCACAGUGGGAGAAGAUGUUACUCUGAUAUGCAACUAUGAUGCGAAGUACUACGGGAAGCUCUCUGCGUGCUGGGGACGAGGAGCCAUCCCCAACAGUGGCUGUGCCAGUGAGGUGAUAAAGUCUGACGGGACGUCUGUGACCAGCCGGCUGUCGGAGCGUUACCUGCUCAUGGGUAAUGUUGCUGGGGGAGAUGUGUCACUGACCAUCAGGCAGGUUGAAGAGAGCGACUCCGGGCAGUAUGGCUGCCGUGUGGAAAUACCGGGCUGGUUCAAUGAUCUCAAACACCACAUCACACUGACGGUAGUGGCAGUGCGCCCUCAUGCUCUGAAGGUGGAGAUGAGAGAGGUGAAGGAGAGAACCAUCACUGUUCGCUGGACUCCCGUAUUUGAUGGCGGCAGGCCCAUCACAGCCUACAGGAUUGACCUAAAAAACAAACAGGCUUCCUGGGAUACGGCAGUGACAACUGAAGUCUAUAAUCCUGAGCUGACUCAGCUGACUUUGGUGGAUUUGCGUCCAGCCAAAGCCUACAAUCUUCGCAUGUUUGCCACCAACAGUGUGGGCAUGAGCGAAGCCAGCAAUGUUCUGACGGUCACAACGAAAGAAGCAGCACCAGAGGGUCCUCCCCUUGACAUGCAGCUGGAGGCCCUGAGUCCUCACAGUAUCAAAGUCACUUGGAAGCCUCCAAAGCUCGAGCAUAGAAACGGGGUUCUUCGCAGUUACAGCAUUAGCUACAGAGAGUAUGACCCUGCAGGCAGACAGUUCAAAAGGUGGCAGCACUUAAGUGUGACCGCCUCUUCGGAGCAAGAGAGCAUCAUCCUGGGCAACCUGAAGCCUUCUGCCAAAUAUGGUGUAAUUAUACAGGCCAAAACAAAUGCAGGAAUAGGACCUGCCUCGACCGCACCUCUCUGCUCCACUCUGGAUGAGGUUCACAAAACUUCAACAGUGCCGACUAUUAAGUCUACUUCCACUACUGCUGCUGCUUCAGUUCACACAACUUCAACUGUUGAGACUGUUACUGCUGCGACAGUUUGGGAAGAAAACACCUCAAGUAUCACAUCAGUGCCCCCGGAUCCCCCAGUAAUUGAGUUAAAAGAGGUCAAAGACAAUACAAUUUCGCUUGUGUGGAUGCCUGGGUUUGAAGGUGACAGCCCCAUCACUGGCUAUUACCUGGAGUGUAAAGCAGUUAACGCCUCGUGGGAUUACAUAAAGACUGUUGUUGACUUUAGCCCCAACCAGACGGAGGCCACAAUAAUUGAGAUAAAUCCCUCAACAUACAACAUCCGCAUGUUUGCCAAGAACAGCCUGGGCACCAGUAAACCCAGUAACAUCCUCACUAUCACCACUGAAGAAGCAGGUCAUCACAGAGAUGACCCACUUGCAACCAUAUCUACUGACACUCAUGCUGCUGCGAGCGUUGAAGAGAGUCAAAGUGGUCACCUAGCAGCCAUCGUGGUGCCAGUGGUGCUGGUGGUGUUGGUUGUUGCCAUGGUAACCACGUGGCAACUUAGACGAAUAAAACAGAAAAAAGGCAGUCUGAACAUGUGGCUGACCAAUGGAGCGCUACGUUACAAAGGUGCUGAGUCUCUACAAGAGCUGUAAACGCCUGAGUUACUUUACUUUUGCCAGCAGUGAGGCUAAAACUCAAAUACACUGUUGAUUUUUAGCAAAAAUAAGAUUAUACUGUGUAUAUUUCUGUUUAUGUUACUGAGGGAAGGUACCAAAUCAUCUGCAACAUCACUUGUGUGAUGAGUUGAUUAAAACUAACCAAAGGGAGGAAAAAAGGCAACACUUUAUUUGGAAAGUCCACCUACAGACAUGGAUGAAAUAAUGGAUGGGCAUAGCAGGCACCUGGUCACCUAAAAAAUGUCACUCAAAGUAACACGUGACGAAAAACAACUUCAAGGAGACACAAAAAGACCACAAAGAUACACAAAACAAUUACAAAGAAAAGAGAUUCAAAACGUACACAGAGAGACCCAAAAUGACUACAAAGAAAUGUAAUAUGACUACAGUGAGGCUCAAAAUGACCACGUACAGAUAAAAAACUAUUAUAAAGACACACAAAAUAACUAUGAUCACAAAAAACUCAACAAAAUGAAGCUAAACAACAAUGAAGUCUUUUUGUUUUGCUCUUAUGGAGGAGAGGUGGUGAGGUCUUAAGCGGCUCUGUGCCCAGGGGCCCAUUGUCUCACCAUCCGCCCAUGCCUACAGAUGGUUCAUAUUUGUAACAUUUCAGCCGUUUAUUUGCUGAGUUUCGAUUUAUUUGUAGAUGUUUUGCAACAUUAAAACCCCUGACAGGUGAAUUGGCUAACAUUGAUCAUUUUGUUACAAUGCAGUGUUCUACUCAGAAACCUUGAGCCCUGGCAUUUAUGUAGAUGCCACCUGAUGCGAUAAUUUAGUACAUAUGCUUGUACUAAUUUCGUUGAACUUGAAAUAUUAAUUCAGCCAACACUGCAUGUUGAGUGAGUAGUUCAAGUUUAACAAAUUCAUACAAAGACUAUGUCAGUAUGUUCAUGAAUUGUCACGUAUACUUCAUGGAUAAUCUGUGAAACAUUUACAUAAUGAAGCAAAUAAUUGACUUGUUGAAUCUCAACUAACAAGCUGUUAAAAUGGAAAAAAAAAUACUCUAUUAACUAUCUGUAAUGUGACUAUCCGAAUAAAGUGUUACUUAAAAUAAUACUUAACGUAAACACUUUCUAAAGAAGCUUUAAUUACACAGUGUUGAUGAGAUUUGCCUGACAGUAUUUUCAUGUUUCUACUUUUUGUAUUGGUUCGUGUGCCAAGUUUUAUUGUUUCGUCUCUUUUUAACAACACAUCUGUUGUUCACACUUUUGUAGCCAUAAACAAAAUUAAGUUACUUAUUACAUGGUG